AUGGUUCACGCCGGCGAACAACACAUCAUUUCGGACAAGGACUUGAUGGGAGGCAAUGUGGAGGCCCAUGCAGAGGUGGUCCAUGUGGUUGAACUGACUCCAGAGGAAAAGGCGAUUGAGAAGACUUUGCGUCGGAAGAUCGAUGCUCGAAUCAUGCCUCUGAUCAUCCUAGUAUACCUGAUGAACUAUAUCGACAGAAACAACUAUGCCGCAGCGAAAUUACAAGGUCUGAUGGAAGACCUCAAACUCUCUGAUCAAGACUAUCAAACCGGUCUGUCCAUCUUGUUCGUCGGGUACCUCCUCAUGCAGGUCCCGUCCAAUCUCAUGCUCAACUACAUGGGCCGACCUUCGCUCUACAUCGGAACUUGCGUGGUGGUAUGGGGUUUUGUCUCUGCUUUGACCAGCCAAGUCCAAAGCUAUUCCGGCAUCGUGGCAUGUCGAUUCUUCUUGGGAUUCGUCGAGGCCCCAUUCUUCGGAGGCACACUGUUUUACCUGUCCAAAUGGUACACCAAGAAGGAGUUGGCCUUCCGAAUGAGCGUCUUCUACUCGGGCUCGUUACUCAGCGGUGCUUUUGGCAAUCUGAUCGCCGCCGGGAUCCUACACGGCUUGAACGGAGCCCGUGGACUCGCGGCAUGGCGAUGGCUUUAUAUCAUCGAGGGAUCCAUCACCUGUUUCAUCGGCCUGGUGGUCUGUGUCGUGUUGCCCGAUUUUCCCGACACGUGGCGCAGCCUCGCAGAGGAGCAACAGCAGGUCGCCCUUCGACGACUGGCCAUCGAGGCGGCCGAAGCUGACCUUGACCAAGAGGGCGGCAUGAGUCAAAUUGCCGGUCUCAAGAUGGCCGUGACCGACGUCAAGACCUGGGCUUUCGCCUUCAUGUAUUUCUGUAUCGGCGGCGCGGGUGGGUUCCAAUACUUUUUCCCGACCUUGACGGCCACGCUGGGAUACAGCCACACGGUGUCACUGUUGUUGGUGGCACCGCCUUACCUCUUUUUGGUCUUUUACAGUCUCGCGCACAACUGGGUGGCAGACCGAAUGGGUCGUCGGUUCUGGUUCUUCUUCUACCCGAUCCCCAUCACCAUUGUUGGUUUCGUCAUCUUCAUGACAGUCGAUUCCUUUGGACCUCGAUACUUUUCCUUCUUCCUCAUGAACAUGACAUUUGCGCAGAACGGGGUCUUGUACUCUUGGGUGGCCAGCUCCAUCCCCCGGCCCCCAGCCAAACGGGCCGCCGCUUUUGGGAUCAUCAACAUGAUUGCGAACUCGGCAAGCAUCUGGACCCCAUACACAUACUACACGUCGGAGGCACCCUUUUAUCACGUCGCCUUGGGGAUAUGCAUCGCCCUACAGGUCAUGGGUGGCCUCUCGGCCGCCUUUGUCUACUUCAACUUGCGCGUGCUCAACAAACGUCAGGAGAGGCUCGAGAAUGAAAACGUGCAACUCACCGAGAUGGAACUACGUCGGCUGGAGACCACCGCAAAGGUGGAAGGUGUCGGUAUCGACGCCGCACGCCAGUUGCAGAAGGGAUUCCGCUAUAUGCUGUGA